AUGCCACCCACCGCGUACUCCGGCGCAGAGCUUCGCUUACGCGACAAAGCUAUUUCCGACAAAUACGGGAAAGAGAAGAGUGUUCAAGAGGCCAAAUACCAACGCCUCCGGCAAGGCUAUGACGCGCUAUCGAACGAAAAAUUCGAGCUCGGCGUCAUGGGCGACAAUGUCGCCACCCGACUCGGGUUCCGCUCAUUCGCUGAGAUGUGCUCGUUAAUCGACCUCUCUGACGAUCAUGUUUCGUAUAAGGAGGCGACAGAGCGAGUGGACGAGCUUGAGGGCCGUUUGGCACAAGCCGAAGAUAAUGCUGAAGCAUUCAAGCUGGAACGAGACGAUGCGCUCGACGAAAGAGAUAGCCUGCAUAAGCUGCUGACUGAAGCAAGAGAACAAGCUGCCAGGGUCGAAGCCCUCAUCAAUGAGCGGGAUGAACUUCGGCAGGAGAUUAUUGAUGUGAAGCAGAAGGCCGCGCGCUCAGAUCAAGAGUGGAAAGACCGUUUUUCUCAAUGGAAAUCUUUCAAAGCAUUCAUGCAGAAAGAAGAACUCGAGUAUCGAGCCAAGGUCAAGGGUUUAGAAGCUGCUCGGAGGGAUAUGGAGAGAAUAGAGCUCUGCGUCAGACGGCGAGAGAGGUACAACGAACUAGAACUUGACACAGAAGUCAACGAGGAACCUGCGCAGCCAUCACAAAUGGCAACUACAUGCCCCCCAACCGUCAUGAAAUCGAGCUCACCUACAAUUGCACCUCCCUCUACCAAUGGCUUCAACUCGAAAGCUCCUUCUCCUGCCACCUUCAGCACGCGAACUCCCUUGACUUUCGUUCCUGUUCGUUCUCCCAAUGACAGAAACGAAAAGUCGCCUUCUACGUCAGUUCAGACCGCUGUUGCAUCCGAUGUCAUCGAUUUGUCAGAAUCUCAGAGCCAGCCAGUUGCUGUUCCGCUAUCCUCAAUGAUGCCUUCCCGUCCCAGCUCAUCCCAAAUCAAACCGUAUCCCAUGCUCCCACCCCCAAGCCCUGCACCGAAAGCGAAGUCCAGUGCGGCGACAAAACACAGACACAGCGAUGUCUUUAUUCGCCCACGAAAUGACGAUGAUGAGGAGGAGGAGGAACGGCCACGCAAAACACGACGAUAUAGUAGUCCGGUCCGCCGUCCUUUAAAUCCCAACAGGAGAAGCACAUCAAGGUCGCCGAUGAAGAGCGGCUCCCGUAGCGGACGCGAGAACCGUGACGGCCGACAUCUAGCUGCGAGAGGUUCACCCAGCAAAAAGGCUAAUGCAAACUCAAGUAAACAAGACACGGAUUAUUCCGCGUAUAAAGGACGUGGGCGUUAUGCCAAAACCUCUGGCGGGGACGAAACCAUCAACUCGUCGUAUGCCAUUGACCCCACACGAAACGCUGGUGUCAACUUCCAAUUCGCCGAAGUCGUGCGAGGUAAGGAAGACCGAAGAAGAUUGCAAGCAGGCGACUGUGAGUCAUGUCGCGAUUAUUACGAGGCUAUUGGGCCGCUACCUGCGCGCCUUCAAGCACCUUUAUGGCGUUCUCCACCAUCCAGCCCAGUAAAUCAAACAACUCAUACCUGCCGCCAUGGUUAUGAACGCGAUGUCAAUGCUCACAAGCAGGCGAUUUCACGUCAUCGAGAAGAAUGGGUACAAGGAACCACACCACCGGGAUACUGGGACAUCGCUUUCCCUACGACACAAGAGGCAGAAAACAUCAACGAACGGGCAAAGAAGAUGCACCAACAGAAGUUGGAUCGUGUUCAAAAGGACAACCGGUAUUACAAGAAAAGAUGA